AAUUCAAAUCUUAACAGAUAAAGUAUUUGAUGAGCUUAAAAAUAAUAUAAAAAAUGAACAAGUUUCAAGUAAACUAGAGGAUAAAGGAUAUUAUAAUAAUAGAAUUAAUGAGAUUCGUGAAGAAUUCUUAACAAAUAAUCAAAAAUUAAAAGAUUACAUAUUCUUAGAAGAUGGAAAUUAG